AGGCCUCCCGCCGCCUGUCGCAAAGUGUCGUGAGCGGCGCCCGGUUGGGCCUAGUCUGCGGAAGAGAGGGAAGACUAGAGGAGGAGAAGGCGAGGAGGAGGAGGCGGCGCCCAUGCUCCGUCGCCGGGCGGCACUUCCCUCCGCCGCCCCCUCCGCCUCCAUGCGGGGCCCGGGCCCAGGCCGCGACGGAGCCUGCCCCCGCGCCCGCGAUGGCCAGGAAGACAGUUAGCAGGAAGCGGAGGGCACCCGGGGAGCCUUCCGAGGGGGUCGGCGGGGAGCAGUAUGGGUGGGAUCACUCAGUCCACAAAAGGAAGCGGCUCCCCCCUGUUAAAAGGUCACUGGUGUGCUACCUGAAAGGAAGAGAGGUGCGGAUACAGAACGAGUCCAGCUACCACCGACUGUUGCAUGGAUAUGCAGCCCAGCAAUUGCCAAGUCUCCUAAAGGAAAGAGAAUUUCAUCUUGGGACCCUUAAUAAAGUGUUUGCAUCUCAGUGGCUGAAUCACCGGCAAGUGGUGUGUGGGACAAAAUGCAACACGUUGUUUGUAGUUGAUGUCCAAACUGGCCAGAUUACCAAGAUUCCCAUUCUGAAGGACCGGGAACCUGACAUGGUGAACCAGCAGGGCUGUGGCAUUCAUGCCAUUGAACUGAACCCUUCAAGGACUCUCUUGGCAACGGGAGGGGACAACCCAAACAGCCUUGCUAUUUAUCGUCUGCCUACCCUCGAUCCUGUCUGUGUAGGAGAUGAUGGUCAUAAAGACUGGAUAUUUUCAAUUGCGUGGAUUAGUGACACCAUGGCCGUUUCUGGUUCCCGAGAUGGUUCAAUGGGGCUUUGGGAAGUAACAGAUGAAGUGCUGGCCAAGAGUGAUGUGAGGCGCAACUUGUCUCAGGUUCCUGUCUAUGCCCACAUAACACACAGGGCUCUGAAGGACAUCCCCAAGGAAAAUACCAAUCCAGACAACUGCAAGGUCCGGGCUCUUGCUUAUAACAACAAGAACAAGGAGCUGGGAGCAGUGUCCCUGGAUGGAUAUUUCCACCUCUGGAAAGCAGAAUACACGCUGUCAAAGCUGCUGUCAACUAAGUUACCAUAUUGCCGUGAGAAUGUGUGUCUGGCUUAUGGUCAGGAGUGGUCUGUAUAUGCAGUUGGAUCUCAGGCCCAUGUCUCUUUCCUGGACCCAAGGCAGCCUUCCCACAACGUGAAGUCCGUCUGUUCCAGGGAACGAGGCAGUGGUAUUCGCUCCGUGAGCUUCUACGAACACAUUAUUACGGUGGGGACAGGACAGGGUUCCUUGUUGUUCUACGACAUCCGAGCCCAAAGAUUCCUGGAUGAGAAGCCACCACACAGUUGCUGUACGUCAAGAUUAGGAGGAAGCGAAAUUCUCAAGUUGUCCACUGGCAAAGGUUGGCUGAAUCAUGAUGAAACCUGGCGGAAUUACUUUUCAGACAUCAGCUUCUUUCCAAAUGCUGUUUACACCCACUGCUACGACUCGUCUGGCACGAAACUCUUUGUGGCAGGAGGUCCCCUUCCAUCUGGACUCCACGGAAAUUACGCUGGUCUCUGGAGCUAAUAACUCUUCCAAAAUGAGGCUCUCUCGUGUGGCUUUCCCCCUUUCUUCUCCACAUUUUCGUUCCUUUUCAAACAUACAAACAAGAGAGAUUGUGUGACUACAUUCUUCUCUUCUGCUUUUGAUGCAAUGGGGGUUAACUUUUCUUUUUGGGGGGAGGGGAAAUGGAUUCUUCUACUGGUCUCCUGGCAGAUUUUUGUACAUUUUGAACUAUUUUUGUUUAAUCUUCUUUGAUCUUUAUACAGUGGAUUUUUAACCCCCACCUCCUUUUAUUGCAUUUCCUAAAACUGAUUCAGUCUUCGCCCUGAGCUUAGGCUGACCAAGCAUACAUGCCCCCUCCUCUCCUUACUUCACCAUGAGGUAGUAAAUCCUCCAUUAGAUCGGCUGCUGCCGAGCUUUCUGUGAAAGCCCAGGGGCUGUGUGAGUGUGUGUGCGUGUGAGUGUAUGUACAGGUACUUUGUUGGUCACAUUACCUGGAAUAAAAAGCUACUUGUAAUUAAAAGGAAAAAAAUUAAAGUAUUUAUAUAAUGAGAUACAUUACUACUUUAUCCACAGAACCCAGCUUGCAUUUGGUGUCAUCUGAUAUUUUGAAAAGUACAAGUUUAAUGAUGCCAUGUAGGUCACUGUGGUCCGUUGGUGGGCCUGUUCGCUAGGCCUGUCCACCUUAACCUCUCUCUUGCCUUGCUUUUCCUACAUUCCCUCCCUGCCACCUCCUGUAAGGAUGCCUCAAAUGAAUGAAUUGGAUUUUGGGAUACAGUGAGAUGGUUUUGGGGGAUGUAACCUAAAGGAUUAAUGUCUGUGAUGUUUAUUUGUAGCUGAACCACCAGUGCACCAUUCAUUAGGUGGAGGGAAAAUGCUAUUGUCUUAUGAGGUUAUCUCCUUAGAUGUCUUGCCAAUAAACAGUUUUAACUAG